AAAUAAUAGAAAUUGUAGAAGAAAAUAUUGAUAACCAAUUAGAAGAAGAAAAAGAUAAAAAAUUUGUUUAUUUAAAAAUUUAUUUAGUAGAUAAAUUACUAAACAAUAAUGAGCAAAGUAGAUCUAUUAAAAAAUGUUUAGAAUGCCAAACUUCUAAUAUUAAUAAUAAAAAACAAUUAUGUCCUAAUUGUAAUGCAAAAUUAUCAACAAUUAAUGAAUUAAAACAAUUAAAUGAACCAUUGGUAAUUGCAAAUAAUACUGAAAAAUCUUUA